GAUGGUGCUAACGCUAACACAGGUCUCCACUGAGCACAUGUGAGUACUGAUGGUGCUAACGCUAACACAGGUCUCCACUGAGCACAUGUGAGUACUGAUGGUGCUAACGCUAACGCUAACACAGGUCUCCACUGAGCACAUGUGAGUACUGAUGGUGCUAACGCUAACGCAGGUCUCCACUGAGCACAUGUGAGUACUGAUGGUGCUAACGCUAACGCUAACACAGGUCUCCACUGAGCACAUGUGAGUACUGAUGGUGCUAACGCUAACACAGGUCUCCACUGAGCACAUGUGAGUACUGAUGGUGCUAAUGCUAACACACACACAGGUCUCUACUGAGCACAUGUGAGUACUGAUGGUGCUAACGCUAACACAGGUCUCCACUGAGCACAUGUGAAUACUGAUGGUGCUAACGCUAACACAGGUCUCCACUGAGCACAUGUGAGUACUGAUGGUGCUAACGCUAACACAGGUCUCCACUGAGCACAUGUGAGUACUGAUGGUGCUAACGCUAACACAGGUCUCCACUGAGCACAUGUGAGUACUGAUGGUGCUAACGCUAACGCUAACACAGGUCUCCACUGAGCACAUGUGAAUACUGAUGGUGCUAACGCUAACGCUAACACAGGUCUCCACCGAGCACAUGUGAGUACAGAUGGUGCUAACGCUAACACAGGUCUCCACCGAGCACAUGUGAGUACUGAUGGUGCUAACGCUAACGCUAACACAGGUCUCCACUGAGCACAUGUGAGUACUGAUGGUGCUAACGCUAACACAGGUCUCCACUGAGCACAUGUGAAUACUGAUGGUGCUAACGCUAACACAGGUCUCCACUGAGCACAUGUGAGUACUGAUGGUGCUAACGCUAACACAGGUCUCCACUGAGCACAUGUGAGUACUGAUGGUGCUAACGCUAACGCUAACACAGGUCUCCACUGAGCACAUGUGAGUACUGAUGGUGCUAACGCUAACACAGGUCUCCACUGAGCACAUGUGAAUACUGAUGGUGCUAACGCUAACACAGGUCUCCACUGAGCACAUGUGAGUACUGAUGGUGCUAACGCUAACACAGGUCUCCACUGAGCACAUGUGAGUACUGAUGGUGCUAACGCUAACGCUAACACAGGUCUCCACUGAGCACAUGUGAGUACUGAUGGUGCUAACGCUAACAGACACACAGGUCUCCACUGAGCACAUGUGAGUACUGAUGGUGCUAACGCUAACGCUAACACAGGUCUCCACUGAGCACAUGUGAGUACUGAUGGUGCUAACGCUAACACAGGUCUCCACCGAGCACAUGUGAGUACUGAUGGUGCUAACGCUAACACAGGUCUCCACUGAGCACAUGUGAGUACUGAUGGUGCUAACGCUAACAGACACACAGGUCUCCACUGAGCACAUGUGAGUACUGAUGGUGCUAACGCUAACACAGGUCUCCACCGAGCACAUGUGAGUACUGAUGGUGCUAACGCUAACGCUAACACAGGUCUCCACCGAGCACAUGUGAGUACUGAUGGUGCUAACGCUAACACAGGUCUCCACCGAGCACAUGUAAGUACUGAUGGUGCUAACGCUAACGCUAACACAGGUCUCCACCGAGCACAUGUGAGUACUGAUGGUGCUAACGCUAACACAGGUCUCCACUGAGCACAUGUGAGUACUGAUGGUGCUAACGCUAACGCUAACACAGGUCUCCACCGAGCACAUGUGAGUACUGAUGGUGCUAACGCUAACACAGGUCUCCACCGAGCACAUGUGAGUACUGAUGGUGCUAACGCUAACACAGGUCUCCACUGAGCACAUGUGAGUACUGAUGGUGCUAACGCUAACACAGGUCUCCACUGAGCACAUGUGAGUACUGAUGGUGCUAACGCUAACGCUAACACAGGUCUCCACCGAGCACAUGUGAGUACUGAUGGUGCUAACGCUAACGCUAACACAGGUCUCCACCGAGCACAUGUGAGUACUGAUGGUGCUAACGCUAACACAGGUCUCCACUGAGCACAUAGAGCUGAAGGACAGUCUGAGCACCGAUGAGUUGGAGGGAGAUGUUCCGGUUCUGCUGCAGCUGCUGCUCUCCAGGAACCCCAGCAUCUUCAGGGCGAAGAGCGCGCCGCCCGCCCCCCAGUACGGCACGCAGACCGGUUUAGCGCAGCAGCAGAUGGCGCCACCCUUCAAGGUGACCCAUAAUGCCAUGCAGGGCAGUCCGGCCUCCAACAACUACCAGCAGGGCUCGGUGACCCACAGCCCGUCAGGGCGGUUUGUCACAGGUCAGACGGGGUCCGGUGGCCGUUUCCUCCCUCAGCAGACGAGUCCGGUGCCGAGCCCUUACACGCCUCAGAGCCCCGUCACCGCGUACAGGCAGUACCCCCACCCCCCCACCUACAGCCAGCCUCAACACCUGCAGCAAGGUUCUGUAGCAAGUCCCAUGAUUCCUGGCGGUGUGAGGAAUCCGCUGGACAGUAAGGACGUGAUGAGGAGUUUUUCAGGAGCUCCGCCCCUGCUGCAGUCGUCUCCGCCCUACACGCCCCCUCAGGAGGCGGAGCUCCUGCUGGGCUCGGUGGAGAAGGGGCGGGGUCUGAAUGGCGGUGAUGGAGAGAAGGGGGGUGUGUAUGAUAUGGUGGGUUCCCCGGGUGAGGAUGGUGGUAAGGGGCGGGAGGCGCGGUCGCGGGCGGCGGUGGAGGCGGAGCUGGGCGGAGUUUUCACGGGCUCCGACCCCGAGGGGGAGCUGGUGGAGGCCCUAGCCGCCAUCGAGAGAAUGGAGAGUGAGGCGGCCAUGGAAACCGACCGCACUGCUAAAGAGGUGCAGGACAAAGAUAAGCCCCUGAAGAAGCGGAAGCAGGACUCCCACCCCCAGGAGCCCGGCGCAGGGGGUUGUGGGGGCGUUGCUCUGGGUAAUCGACUAGUCCUUGCAGAGGGCGGCGCCGUGGGCGGGGCUGAAGAUGGCUGUGGGUCACGCCACUGGCCACAGGAGCCUCAGGAGGGCGUGACACCCAAACCGCUCCAGCGUGGCAGUCGCCAUGAUGACAGGCAAGCAGACGCCCCACGGCAGAAGCGCAGGCCUGAGGGUCGCCAUGAUGACGGGGACGACAGCAAACCCGGCGAGCUUCCUGCUUACGGGCUCGGGGAGAACUCUGGCUUUAAGGAGCCAGAGGGGGCGGGGCCAGGGGAAGCGGUGGGCUUGUCCCUGGGCUGGAAGCAACCGCGUGUAUGUCUGGAGCGGCUGGAGGCGGAGCCUGAGACGAAGAAGAGCGUGAAACCCGUGGUGGUCCUGCAGAAACUAUCUCGGGACGAGGUGGAGCGGCUGAUCAGGGAGAGGGAGUCCCGCGCCAAAGCAGCCAAAAACAGACUGACCGCUGGGAGAUACGGAAAAGGUAGGAAAACCAGAACAACUGAUUAGACCCCUGACCAACAUAGACAGACUGACCGGAACAGCUCAGACUGGUCAGUGUAGACAGGCUGAUCAGAACAGCUCAGACUGAUCAGUGUAGACAGACAGACCAGAACAGCUCAGACUGAUCAGUGUAGACAGACAGACCAGAACAGCUCAGACUGAUCAGUGUAGACAGACUGACCAGAACAGCUCAGACUGAUCAGUGUAGACAGACUGACCGGAACAGCUCAGACUGAUCAGUGUAGACAGACAGACCGGAACAGCUCAGACUGGUCAGUGUAGACAGACUGACCGGAACAGCUCAGACUGGUCAGUGUAGACAGACUGACCGGAACAGCUCAGACUGAUCAGUGUAGACAGACUGACCGGAACAGCUCAGACUGAUCAGUGUAGACAGACUGACCGGAACAGCUCAGACUGGUCAGUGUAGACAGACUGACCGGAACAGCUCAGACUGAUCAGUGUAGACAGACUGACCGGAACAGCUCAGACUGAUCAGUGUAGACAGACUGACCAGAACAGCUCAGGCUGAUCAGAGUAGACAGACUGACCAGAACAGCUCAGACUGAUCAGAGUAGACAGACUGACCAGAACAGCUCAGACUGAUCAGUGUAGACAGACUGACCAGAACAGCUCAGACUGAUCAGUGUAGACAGACUGACCAGAACAGCUCAGGCUGAUCUGAGUAGCUCAGACUGAUCAGCGGGGACAGGGUUUAUUAGCUGUUUCAGGGUUAUGCACUGAUGCUAAGUGUGUGUGUGUGUGUGUGUGUGUUUAGUGUGUGUGUGUGUGUGUUUAGUGUGUGUG